AGAUUGAGCCGAAUCGUGGUCAGGCCGCCUCGUGAAGUUUUGUUUCGGUGAAUUGUUUUCAUUUCCUAAUUUCCAAAUCGCUGCUCGAUGGUUUAGUUCCCAUAUCAACUCCAUCAGAACAGGAGGGGACCGCAUCCCGAGGCCGCCGAAAUCCACAUCCGAUCGUUUCGGUGCGUUCGAAACGAACCAUAUUCAUUGCCGUAUCGAUUCUCUCCGUCUAAUCCGCGCCGUCUAGGUCGGUUGGCGAGCAAUGGAUUGCUUCAGUAGUCUACUGUUCCUUAUUUUGCAAAUCAUAGUCGUCGUUUUUUUGAUCGUAAAGGCCUACAUCGUUCUGACAAUCGGAAAGUGCAAGUCAACGGAACGGCUCGAUGGAAAAGUUGUGAUCGUAACUGGCGCUAAUUCCGGUAUCGGAAAAGAGACUAGCAGAGAGCUUCUCAAUCGGGGAGCGAGGGUGAUUCUUGCUUGCCGGAACUCGUGGAGAGCAGUCGAAACCGCCAGUGAGUUCCGAGAUGCGAACCCUGACGCGGGCGUCAGCGUCAAGCAGCUCGACCUGUGUGAUUUGACGUCGGUGCGCACUUUCGCGGCGGAGAUACUGAGAGAAGAGGAAAAAAUCGAUAUCCUCAUCAACAACGCCGGAACGAUCGGAGACACCUACAAAUUGACCGCGGAUGGCUACGAAGAGAUUUAUCAAUCGAAUUACCUGGGUCCUUUUCUACUGACGGAACUUCUGUUGCCUGUUUUGAAAAAGUCUGCGCCAUCCCGCAUAAUCAACACUGGAUCUCUCGCAUACGCCGGGGGGCGAAUAGAUCCGUCGAGCUUCGAGAGUGAACUCAGCAAGGACUUCCUCAGUGCGGGCUCUCGUUACUGCGAUUCGAAGUUAGCCAUGCUCAUGUGGACCCGAGCUAUGGCCGUCGAGCUCAGGAAUUCCGGCGUGACGAUCAACGUUGUACACCCCGGAGUUGUCUGGACUUCGUUCGCCGGAGGGAUGGUCACGUUUGGCAACUUGGUCGCAAGGAUAUUCCUCUUUCUUUUCGGUCGCAGUGCCGUAUCUGGCGCACAAACGAUCCUCCACUUGUGUUUGGAUCCUGCGGGAGAAACAGAAAACGGCCAGUAUUGGGCCGAAUGUCGUAAAAUGAGAACGUGGGGAGGCAACGACUCUGAAAUGAACGAGAAGAUCGUUGACAUCACCCGUCAAGUGCUGUAUAACAAGAAGGGACAAUGAGCCGCAGCCCCUUCGGACGGUCUUCCGUCCCGGGAGGGAUGGCUCCUAACAGGAGAAAACCGGGACGAAAGAAAAUCCUCUCAAUGUCGCUACUUCCGUCGUCUCGGUUCCGAUAAGGGUCGAAGUGAAGUGACCCAAGAUUCCACGUGACUCUAUUAGAAUAAAUUCUCGAUGA